CGCCCCUUCUUCAGGUGUUGCGGUGGUUCCACGUCGCCUGGCGGUCCGUAGCUUCCGUGAGCCCGGGCUGCCCCCAGCGUCCGGAGCGCCGGCCCUUCGGCUCCCGCGCGGCCAUGGCGGGGCCGGGCCCGGGCCAGGGGGACCCGGACGAGCAGUACGAUUUCCUGUUCAAGCUGGUGCUGGUGGGCGACGCGAGCGUGGGCAAGACGUGCGUGGUGCAGCGCUUCAAGACGGGCGCCUUCUCCGAGCGUCAGGGCAGCACCAUCGGCGUCGACUUCACCAUGAAGACGCUGGAGGUCCAGGGCAAGCGGGUCAAGCUGCAGAUCUGGGACACAGCUGGCCAGGAGCGAUUCCGCACCAUCACCCAGAGCUAUUACCGCAGUGCCAACGGGGCCAUCCUGGCUUACGACAUCACCAAGAGGAGCACCUUUCUGUCCGUGCCUCACUGGAUCGAGGACGUGAGGAAGUAUGCGGGCUCCAACAUUGUGCAGCUGCUGAUCGGGAACAAGUCGGACCUCGGCGAGCUCCGGGAGGUCCCGCUGGCCGAGGCACAGAGCCUGGCAGAGCACUAUGACAUCCUGUGUGCCAUCGAGACGUCGGCCAAGGACUCGAGCAACGUGGAGGAGGCCUUCGUGAGGGUGGCCACGGAGCUGGUCAUGCGGCACGGUGGCCCUCUGCUCAGUGAGAAGGGCACCGACCACAUCCAGCUGGAUAGCAAGGACGUCGGAGAGAGCUGGGGCUGCGGCUGCUGACCGGGGUGCAGGGCAGGCAGGCAGGGUCCUCCCCACCUCCUCUCUCUGGCCUGCCAGGCCCACCCCUCCAGAGCUGGCCCUCCACGGUGCCGGUGACCCUAGAGCAGCUGGAUAAAGCCCUGGAAUUCUCCAUUCCGUGGCCUGGGUGCUUGAUGGGAAAGCUACCCUCGAUGAAGGAAGCAGUGGGGUACCUUCUGAGGGAGACCUGUUGGCCUGUGGGGCGUGGGGCCCCACCUGCCAGCCAGUGGCCGUCCCCUCUGUGUUCUUCACAGUCCAGGACUGGCCCAGGCCUGCCGGUGUGGAUCCCAGCAGGAGAGGGGCUGGGAUGUGCCUCCCUUGCUGCACACGUACUGGGUCUGACCAUUUCACACCUUGAGUCUUGCUGCAGCUGAGGCGGCAGGGGUGUGGCUGGUGCCUUGGGUUCUUUCAGGUCACUCCAGGGCCUCUGUACCGAGUGAGAGCAACCCGCCCAGCAGACUCGGUUCCUGAGCACAGCCCCAGGGAAGCCCCAGCUCCUUCCAGGACGGGAACUUCCUUCCUUUCUUCACUGCCAGCUCGAAGCUCACAGACAGCUUGGGGCUUGGCCUGCUGCCUUAGCAAGACCUCUCAAGUUUUCUGGUUUUCCGUGUAGCUUCUUGUUUUCGUCUGCACAAGUAUGGGGUCAUGGCCCACAGCCCAGCGGGGACCGUCUGCUGGCCUGGGGCCCAAAGUGUGGCCACUCAGGUUGCAAAACCAGCUGAUUCCUUCAGCACUGACUCUCAGAACUUGGGGGUUGGGGGAAUGAGGUGGGAAUGUGGACACUUAAGGGAAAAGUAAACGCUUGCAUCCCUGAGGCUACGGUCUGAGAGGGACCCUCAGGGCACUUAGUCUUAGCUGUGCAGAAGCCCUUCCUGCCACGUUCAGAGUGACAGCUCCCUAACUGCUUCCAGUCUAGCUUCUGGUUUCUCAAACCAAAAAGGCGAUGCCCCGGCAGUCCUGGGUCCGGCUCUUCUAUCCUGGGCCUUACCAGCCUCAACGUGUGCAGGGUGCUGAGGUUAGAAGGCGGGUGGGGGCUGGGACCACUGGGGCUGCACUCGGCGGGUAGCUCAGAGGGUCACAGGGAUUGAGCUGGGGGAGGCAGUGAUCUCCCUUUACCACCCGGACCCCCUAUGUCAGCCCAGUCUAGCCCCUUAGGGCCCCUCAGUGGAGGGCCCCGGGAAAUAAACUGCUGUCAGAGCCGUGGGCAAGGUCA